AUGGAUGUAAACACAAGCGAUUUGCUUGAUCCAGAUGAUUCGCUUUCACCGUUAAAUGAUUCACUUGCUACAAGCGAUCUUUUCAAGUUUAAUGAGGAAAACACAUCUUAUACUGUCGAAUAUGUUGAUGCAUCAAGCAGUUGCCGCACAUCAGACUUAAAUGACGAAAUCGGAUCCAGCCCUUUUUCAUCCAGCCCUUUCAGCAUCGUAAAAACGUCUACACCGAAAGGAUGUCAGAGUUUUCAGGCAUUAACAUGGACAACAUCGGAGGGACAGGAAGACAACUCUCAUUCUGAUGAUGACUUGGGAUGUUGGCCAAUGGAAUGCACGAGUAGUGAAGACGAGCAGGAGGAUGGUUAGUUAUUUUCUAUAUAUAUAUAGACAUAUUAUCGGACUAUAUUUUCUAUUGAGUCACUGAUGCAUGUAACACUGAAUUUGACUGAAACGUAUACCUGACCUAGAUUCGACCAUAUAAAAUUAAUCCUGCGUAAAUUUGCUUUGUGUCCUUGGGGGUUCAGAGUCUGUCAAGACUACAGUCUUGAAAUUGCGCUUUUUAAUAGCGGAUCCAGCAAGUCGCGAAGUGCGAGACUCUCUUAUUUGAUACAAGACAAUGAAUUUAACCGGCUCUUUUAAGUUGCGUUGGAGUUUUUUUUAUUAACUUUUCACUGAAAAUUCACAGCCAAUCACAUCAACUGGUUGUUUUGCUACCUAUAUAUUAUCCUCAGCACACUUGCAAAUAGUUUGGUGACAGGUUUCACAAUGAUUUUGAAAUAAAGUUUAAAUAUUACAGCUCGAAUCUUGGAUGUCAAUAUUCAGUGUUCGGAUCAUCUUAUAUUUCAUGCCGGAAAAAAUUCACCAGAAAACUUAGACUUUAAACCAGGCAAGUCACGUGUAAGCGUAUUUGUCUAACAGGAAACAAUCGACCAUUAGUUUCAUCAAUAAACUGUGGUUUCAUCAUCUGACUUUACCGUUCAUUACUCUGCUCAGCGCAAGAAUCAUGAAGCGCCCUCCUGCUAUAAACAUUGUUUGGAAAGCGCUUUUCUUGGCGUGCACAGCUAGCGGAGACAAAGUGUUUCAGAUUUUGCUCAAAAUGCCUAAUUUAUGUAUACAGUAUCCAUAGCCAUUAUUGGGUAUUAAUGCAUGUAGACCACACAAUUAUUUACUGUAACUUCACUGAAGUCAAUUUCUGUCUUUAAUAAUUUAGAUAAUUCACAAGUUAUGCCUCUGCCUUUGGAUAACGGUUCAAGUGCAAUGAUGGAUAGACUACAGCAAACACCUCUAGAAGGUACAAUAUUCUUUUUGAAUUUACCAGGAAAGGAUAAGAAUGCCAUAACUAAUAUCGAAAGAAUUGUCUGUAGAAAGGGCGCGUUAAUAAGCGACUUUCUUCAUAAAAAGGUUACACAUAUUAUUAUAGAGUCAGUAGACAGAAACAAACCAGAGAAAACUACAGGAAUAAGAAAGUUUUAUUCGCCCUCCAUUCGUUCAAAAUUGAUAUUGCAAAAUAGUUUGAAACAGGCAGGAGAAAUGCGAAACAGUCUGAACUGCUUAGAACAGGCGAAAAAAUUUGGAAUUAAAAUCGUUUAUCUGUCAGAACUUUUAAAUCCUAAUUUUGAUUGGUGCAAGGAUGUUAAUAUGAAAACCAAAUAUGUACGAACAUGGAUUGACGCACUUCAAUGA